GGUCCACAGUGCAGUUGGCUUUUACCAUCGAGUUUCGACUGGCACACAGUCGCUCGGGCUGCACGACGAUUCGUCGAGUCGCCGUUGGGUUACGCUCGCGAGUGGUCGGCCGUGCUUCUCCUCGUGCAACGCCGUCAAACCGUAAGUGUCUCUCUCGUGCACAUCCUGCCCGUUCUCUGUGUCUCGUGCCUCUGUUGUGCAAGCCAAAACUCUGCGUCCGUGUGCACGCAUCUCGUAGGAGGCGGAAAGAGAGAGGGAGUGCAGCACCGAGGCAGCGUUCGUUAAUACCCGCUUCCGGCACGUGGAACCGAACCGCACUCUGUUUUUCUUCGUAGCGCAUCGCUGCUGCCGUCGCUCCAUACUUCUCUCGUGGGAGGUCAGCACCUAGCCGGUGGGUAGAGGUCGAAAUGUUGUGAUGGCCGGGACAUCUCGACGUCCGAGCUCUGAGCUCGGACCAGACCUUUCAUCCCCCACGCCACCCAAGAAAUCGAAAUUCUCCGAGGCCUCGAUCGAGGGAAGAUCCGAGAAGGAACAUGACUUGAGCACGGAGGAAUUGGAGAGCGUGGAGAAAUUGUCGGGUACGUCCUCGUUACCUGAGAACACGAUAGAGGUAAUACCAGGGAGCGCGUCAGAAACCAAUCCAUUCGAGAUCGGCGGGGAAUCUUUGGACACCGCGAAACAGCUGAGCCAAACUAGUUUGGAGGGGCCGGCAAAUGUAGCAGCGGCUGGUUCCUCGAAGGAAGGACACUUCGGCAGUUUCGAAACGAUCGCACAAAUGAAGUACAGCGGCCAGAAAGAAUUAUCCAGUAGUUCUAACAAGAGAUCAGAGUCGGAUAGCGAUGUGCAAAUUCAAACAUCGAUAAUCGGCGAGGAUGCAUCGUAUCAGGAAUUGUCUUUGAUCGGAAAUGGCGCCUAUGGCACGGUGUACAAGGCUAAAGACUUGAAUACGGGACAAGUGGUAGCUUUAAAAAAAGUUAGAGUGCCCCUGACGGCGGAUGGUCUACCUACGUCCACGUUAAGAGAAAUAGCCACUUUGAAACAACUGGAAAGAUUCGAGCAUCCGCACAUUGUAAGAUUAUUGGACGUUUGUCAAGGGAAUUAUCUACACUUGCCUUCUGCCGAUGGAAGAUCGGAGAGAUUGGAUCGAGGACUGACAUUAUGGCUUGUGUUCGAGCACGUGGAAAGGGAUCUAGCAUCUUACAUGUCCUCUUGUUCGCAGACAGGAAUUCCUCCUCAUGUGGUGAAACAAAUGUCGAAGGAAAUACUCAGAGGUGUAGAAUUUUUACACAGUCACAGGAUCAUACACAGGGACUUGAAACCUCAAAAUCUGUUGGUAACCAGGGAAGGAAGAAUAAAAAUUGCAGAUUUUGGUUUAGCGAAAACGUACGAUUUUGAAAUGAGAUUGACUUCUGUGGUCGUGACACAAUGGUAUCGGGCUCCAGAAGUCCUCUUAGGUUGCUCUUAUGCAACUCCUGUUGAUAUUUGGUCUGUUGGAUGCAUUCUAGCAGAAUUAAGUAGACUUGAACCUUUAUUUCCUGGUACGAGCGAAGGUGACCAACUCGAUAGGAUUUUCCAAAUAAUUGGAACUCCAUCGCAAGGGGAAUGGCCUGAAAAUGUAUCUCUUAGUUGGACAGCUUUUCCUUAUAGACAACCAAAAUCUUUUGCAACUAUAAUAUCUGAUCUCAACGAAUAUGGGCUAGAUUUAAUUAAAGGUAUGCUUACCUUUAAUCCUCAUAGACGAUUAACUGCGGCUCAAGCCCUCAGACAUCGGUAUUUUGCUGAAGAUGAUUCGUGAUGAUUAGUUUUCUUGAGUAUUUUUUCUUCAUCUUUAAUAAUUUUUUAAAUGCAGACUGAUGUUACGGUAUCCAAAAAUACGUAAGCAUGUUAUUUUAUUUUUUUUUUAGUAUAAGAAUCAUAGUACUUUUCUUUUUUUAGAAAAUAAUAUAGUUUAUUACGAAUAUAAUACACGAAUAUGAAUCUUCGUAAUUAUGUACGGCUUAUAAAUAUUCCUUUCUUAUUGAGGAAUUAUAAUUGCAAAAUACGUUUACUACAGUUUAUGAAACCAUCGUUAUAUUUAAAUUCUAUAGCUAUUGCAUUUGAAAGAUCAUCGUAAUUUAAGUGUAUAUA